UUCUUUUCUCUGCUACGCAGCUUUCCGCCAUUUUUAGAAGCCCGCGUGAAAUAACCGGUGUUUGGAGUUCUUUCGUUUAACUUCUGUUUUCAGUUGCAUUAUUCUAGCGGUAAGGACCAAACGUGCGUUGUAAUGGCUGAUAAUGAAGACCUGGAUAUAGGAAACCCUCUUCUCGGUGGUAUGGGGGAAGAUCAGUUAGAUUCAUUCGACGAAACUAAUGGCAUGCACGAUGAUAAUUUAUUAAACGAUACCGACGGGGACGGGGGUGCGGGAGACGAUCCCGAACUGGAAGCUAUUAAAGCCAGGGUUCGAGAAAUGGAAGAAGAGGCGGAAAAACUGAAACAACUUCAAAAUGAAGUCGAUAAACAAAUGAAUAUGGGCAGUCCUCCUGGGCUUACGAGUCCUUUAAAUAUGUCUUUGGAGGAAAAAAUGGAGGUAGACAAUAGAAGUAUAUAUGUCGGUAACGUAGAUUAUGGUGCGACGGCGGAAGAGCUGGAACAGCAUUUUCACGGAUGUGGCUCAAUUAAUCGCGUUACGAUUUUGUGUAACAAGUAUGACGGGCACCCCAAAGGGUUUGCCUAUAUCGAAUUCGGUGACAGGGACUCUGUACAAACUGCGAUGGCUAUGGACGAAUCUUUAUUUAGAGGAAGACAAAUUAAGGUUAUGCCAAAGAGGACCAAUCGACCCGGAAUUUCCACAACCAAUAGGCCUCCCAGGGGUCGCGGUGCCUUCAGGGGAACGCGAGGUAUCAGCAGGGGGUUUUAUGCCGGCUACAGACCCAUGCGUCGACCCAGGAGUUUUAGACGCGGCGGAUACUUUGCACCCUACUGAUGCAAUUAAACGUAAGGAACAAAGUUACAUUUAUAUUAUUAAUUGUUUAUAGCACAGCCAUUAAUUGCAAAAAAAGAGGGAUAACCGAAAAGAGAAUGCCGACGCACGGGCGAAAAAAAAAAAGAAAAUUUUGGAGAAAAAACUGACAGUUAAAAACAUAAAAUAAAUGAACUUAACAAUAGGUAUCUGCAUAAGUGAUUGGGUAUGAGAGGGUGUAAUUUUGUGUGAACUUUCUUGACGGUAAAAAAAAAAUGUUAUUUUCAUAUAGUGUGGAUCGUUUGGUAGGGCCCUAGAAUGUGUAAUUUCGUUUAUCGUACGAUUUUGUAUUUAAUAAUCAGCCGAGUUUCAGGUAAUUCCCGGCCUGUCACAGGUUCUACUUUUCUUUCAUUAAAAAAAGAAAAUAGUAUUAAAUAAAAAAAUGUAAAUGCUAUGUAGGGAGCAUAAUAAAUUGGAAUUUGGAGUGCA